AUGGCGGGAAGGAAAAAGGUGUGCUGUGGUCUCUCUGCUCUGGAGAUAACGCUGACGGUUCUGUUCAUCCUCAUGACGGUCGUCAGCGUGACGCUCAUCACACUGAUGGUUACCUGGGAAACAGGGCCGACCCUUCCUCCCAGUCCAGGGCCUCAGCACCAACCCUACCUGAUCGGAGUGGGCCGAGCUGACUGCACUGGGCCUCCAGCUGAAAUCCCUCUGAUGGGUUAUGCGAACCCUCAGCAGACAGCUGCAGGCAUACACACUCGCCUGUUCAGCCGAGCCUUCAUCAUCGACGACGGGAAGAAGAGAGUCGUGUUCGUCACUGCAGACAUUGGGAUGGUAUCACAGAGACUACGACUGGAGGUUCUGCAGGCCCUGCAGGUGAAGUACGGGGACCUGUACCGCCAGGAUAACGUGGUUCUGAGUGGGACUCACACUCACUGCGGACCAGCCGGAUAUUUCCAGUACACGCUGUUUAUGAUCAGCAGCAGCGGCUACAUCAGGGACGCCAUCCAGCCGCUGGUCAACGGCAUCGUCAAGAGCAUAGACAUAGCCCACGGGAACAUGAAGCCCGGCAGGAUCUACCGGAGCAGAGGAGCGCUGGAGGACAGCAGCCUGAACAGAAGUCCUCACUCCUACCUCAACAACCCCGAGGACGAGAGGCACAGGUAUAAGUGGAACACAGACAAACAGGUGUUGGUGCUCAAGUUCACUGAUCUGGACGGAGACGGGAUCGGCAUGCUCAGCUGGUUCGCCGUCCACGCCGUCAGCAUGAACUACACCAACCGCAUGGUGAGCAGCGACAACAUGGGCUACGCCUCCUACCUGCUGGAGCAGGACAAGAACCCCGGAGAGCUACCUGGACAGGGAGGCUUCGUUGCUGGUUUCUCCUCCAGUAACCUUGGCGACGUCAGUCCGAACAUCAAAGGGCCUCACUGCAUGAACACUGGACUGCCCUGUGACUACCUGAACAGCUCCUGUCCUGUCGGAGGGACUAAGAUGUGCAAGGCGUUUGGACCUGGAGACGACAUGUUUGACAGCACGAGGAUCAUCGGACACAACAUCUACAGUAAGGCCAAGGAGUUGUAUGCUAACGCGGUGGAGGAGGUGACAGGCGUCCUCCACUCGGCCCACCAGUGGGUCAACAUGACGGACGUCACCGUUCAGAUCAACGAGACACACACGGUCAGUACAUGUAAACCAGCUCUUGGUCACAGUUUCGCAGCAGGAACAACAGACGGAGGAGGAGACCUCAACUUUACUCAAGGCGCUGUGGAGGGCGACCCGUUCUGGGACGGCAUCAGAGACGCGCUGGUCGGCGAGCCGUCCAAUCAGACGCAGGAGUGUCAUCACCCCAAGCCGAUCCUGUUCAGCACCGGAGAAAUGAACUGGCCUCUGCCGUGGCAUCCUCAGAUCGUGGACGUUCAGAUCAUCUCCGUUGGUUCUGUCGCCGUGGUCGCUAUUCCUGGAGAGAUGACCACCAUGGCGGGGCGGCGGCUAAGAGAAGCUGUGAAACAGGAGCUCCAGUCUGAGGGGGCGUUCAGGGACUCAGAAGUGGUGAUAGCCGGGCUGAGUAACAUCUACACUCACUACAUCACCACCUAUGAGGAGUACCAGGUGCAGCGGUAUGAAGGCGCCUCCACCAUCUACGGUCCUCACACGCUGACUGCCUACCUGGAGAAGUACCGCGGCCUGGCCAGAGCCAUCGCUCAGGACAAAGUUCUGGAGCUGCCGGUCGGCCCUCAGCCUCCCUUCUUUGAAAAAAAUCUCUUCAACCUGCUCCCUGCACCGCCUGUUGAUAAAAAACCAGAGAACACCAGCUUUGGAGAAGUCCUGCAGCAGGUCUACCCCGUCUACAGACAGGGUGAUGUUGUCUCUGUCACGUUUGUAGCAGGAAACCCAAGAAAUUCAGGAGACAUCAGAGAUAAAACUUUUGUAACUGUGGAGAUUUAUGACAACAGAACGGAGACCUGGGAGGUCGUCCACAAUGACGCAUCAUGGGAGACCAGGUUUCACUGGCUGAAAGGUUCGAACCAGCAGAGUAACUCCACCAUCGAGUGGCACAUCCCCCCGAUGGCCCGCAGCGGCAUCUACAGGAUCAAACACUUUGGACAUUACAAAAAGAGGGUAGCCUUUAGACCCGUCAUCACGCCGUACGAAGGCACAUCUGACGUCUUCAGAGUCAGCUCCAGCUUUUACUAUCAGUGAGAUCACAUGGUCCUGCAGGGUCCUGAUCACUGAGGAACAGAAACAGAUUCAAAGAAAAAGAAAGCAUGCAGGACUUUAUGGUCCAGCCCAGUCUCUUUCUAUUUCACAACCUGAAACCAAACUCAUUCACAAGUUCAUGAUACAGGUAUCACACCAAGAAUCUGCCAAAAUAAAACAACUACCAUGCUUAUGCUUAUUAUUUUUAUGAUUCAACUUUUAUUGAAUUUUUACAAUUUUUUUACAAAACCACACUAACAACCAAUUAAGGAAAGGGAAAAAAGGAAAAAAGGGACAAGAUUAAGAUACACAAUCUUAUGAUAAUAAAACAUAAAUAAAAAUAAAUAAAUAAAACUAAUAAAAUAAAAAUAAGUACAUUCGCUGUCUACAGAUAGUCUUCCAGUAAACAUUUCCCUGUAAUGAACCCAGUCUGCCUCCACCUU